GAGAACCAGUCAAGCAUCUGCUGCAUAACGUAAACGAAACCGGCAGUGCCAUCGUGUUAUUUCCGAGGCAUUUCAAUAAUUUCAUUUACGCAGUAACAAUUUUGAAAUUCUCCAAUUCUUUGAAAAUUUUCGGACAUCUUUAAUUUUGUUGUGGUCUUUAAACCUUCGGGCAAUCUUGCACUACUAAGAUGGUGCGAGAAGACCGCACAUCGUGGAAAGCCAAGUACUUCACUAAGAUCGCGGAGUUGUUCGAGGAGUACCCGAAAUGCUUCGUGGUCGGUGUGGACAAUGUGGGAUCCAAGCAGAUGCAGCAGAUCCGUACAUCGCUGCGAGGACAUGCCGUCGUCCUCAACGGAAAGAACACCAUGAUCCGUAAAGCUCUGCGCGGCAAACUGGAGGCAAAUCCCGGUCUUGAAAAACUUUUGCCGCAUGUUAAGGAAAACAUCGGCUUCGUCUUCACGAAAGGCGAUUUAGCGGAGAUCCGCGAUCUGCUGUUGCAGAAUAAGGUUGCCGCCCCGGCGAAAGCUGGCGCUUUGGCACCCGUCGAUGUCCGAGUGCCGCCCCAGAAUACCGGGUUGGGCCCGGAAAAAACAUCUUUCUUCCAGGCUCUGCAAAUUCCCACGAAGAUCGCUAAGGGUACCAUCGAAAUUUUGACUGAAGUCCAUCUAAUCAAGCAAGGCGACAAAGUGGGAGCUUCGGAAGCUACCUUGUUGAACAUGUUGAAAAUCUUCCCAUUUUCCUAUGGUUUGAUUGUUCGACAAGUGUACGACAACGGCAGCACAUACGAGCCGGGAAUUCUUGACAUCACGCCGGAGGUCCUGCGUGCGAAAUUCAUGGAGGGAGUUUCGCACAUCGCGGCUUUGAGUUUGGGUGUGGGAUACCCGACUAAAGUUUCGGCGCCCCAUUCGAUUCUUAACGGCUUCAAGAACCUCGUGGCCGUUGCUGCUGAAAGCGAUCUAUCUUUCAAGCAGGCGGAGAAGAUGUUGGAGAUCCUUAAGGAUCCUGCCAAGUUCGCUGCUGCUUCCGCUGCAGCGGCUGCAUCUUCGAAGCCAGCCGCAGCUCCGGCCGCAGCUGCUGCUAAGGAAGAAAAGAAAGCCCCGGCGAAAGAAGAAAAGGAGGAAGAAGAAGACGAUGGUGGUUUUGGUGGUCUAUUCGAUUAAAUUGUGUAGACGACAAAACUUGCGUGUUGGAAAAUUAAAAAUAAAGACUUUUUAUGUG